AUGCAGCAGCACGAUACACAUUUUCCAGUCUUAGGGAUACAUCUUGGUUUAGUGACUUCCUUAAGGUUUAAGAGCAUAAUUUCGAGCUGUCUUGGGAAUAUUCUUUUAGGGUUCGAGAAUUUUGAGCUGCAAGAAGUUCGAGAAUUUCGGCAGAGAGACCUGGCAAUGGACUACGAGCCAUAUGAUAGCAGUGGCACUGAUGAUGAUCUUCCUCCACCACAUCAAAAUAGAAUUCCAAGAGGUGGCCGCAUUGCUGGGAAUGGAAGGCCUGCUGUCAUGGGUGCUGCCCCAUAUCCUAGAAUGCAUGAUGAAACUGAUAUGGAAGCCAAAAUUCACCAGCUUGAGCAAGAAGCAUACAGUUCAAUUUUAAGAGCCUUUAAAGCACAAGCUGAUGCCAUUACUUGGGAGAAGGAAAGUUUAAUAACUGAACUGAGGAAAGAGUUACGACUGUCAAAUGAAGAGCACAGGGAGCUUCUUGGUAGAGUUAAUGCAGAUGAAACGAUCCGAAGAAUAAGAGAGUGGAGGCAGUCAGGCGGGCUUCAACCAGGCAUUCAUGGUACUGGUCAAGCUGUCAACGAGCCGGUGCCCAGUCCUUCCGUAUCAGCUUCUCGCAAGAAACGGAAAAUAGCCCCCUCUUUGCCUUCUCAAUCCUUUGGUGGGCCAUCUCCUUUCCACCCACAGGCAAUGGCCACGGCAAACCAGCCAUCUUCAUCGUCUGCGAAGCGUGGACCCAUGAUGGGGACAAAGGGGAAAAAGCCUAAAUCUGGUCAGAUUCCUACUGGUUCAUCCUCAAUGAAAAUGCAAUAUCCCUCUUCUGGUCCAGCUGGAAGAGGUCAAUUUGGUAACCGUAUUUCUUCUGGUGGCCUUCCAAAUGAAUCUGCCGAAGGAGCUACAUUUAAUCAAUUCAUUGGACGGAAAGUAAGGACCAGAUGGCCUGAUGACAAUAAUUUCUAUGAAGCUGUCAUUACCGACUACAAUGCAGCUGAGGAUCGACAUGCUCUAGUUUAUGAUUAUGGUACUCCAAAUGAAACAUGGGAAUGGGUCAACCUUGCCGAGAUUUCUCCUGACGAUAUACAAUGGGAAGGUGAAGACCCGGGAAUUUCUCGUCGUGGAGGUUAUGGUGGAUCAGGCCAUGGGAUGAGUCGACCUACUGGGAGAGGUAAUGCUCCUGGUGCAGGAAGAGGUAGGGGGUUGACAAAAUUCAGGAAGGAUUUUCCACCAUCGCAGAAUGGCAUUGGAAAGAAGGGAUCUGACAUCAUUCAAUUGCUUCAGACUGAUACUCUAAUUAAGGAGGUGGAGAGGGUUUUUGGGGCCAGUCAUCCGGACCCUGCUGAGAUGGAAAAGGCAAAGAAAGUGCUGAAGGAGCAUGAACAAGCUCUAACUGAGACCCUUGCAAGGCUUGCAGAUAUAUCUGAUGGGGAAAGUGAUGAGGAACGCUACUUGCAUGAGCAACCAAUGGGCCGAGAAUGA